AUGCCUGGUCUUCGUGUUCUCGCAGGCCCUUCGCUUGAGGCUCUGGAGCCCAUUUCGCAUUUGGUGAACACGAAUCAACCGUUCAGAAUCUCAUCAGACAUCUUCGACGGCGAGAUUCUCGUGAACAUCAAAGGUUUUGUGAAUUUCCCCGCAGGCGACGUUCGGGAAAGCGAGUACUUCUCCCGCCAGGAUCGUCAGGGUAUUACUUGGAGUAUCCAGGUUCAGGGCAGGUUCUUGAAACCUUACUCUGCGAAUGACAUUUUGUUUGGAAAUACCUUUGAUAGGCCACUCAACCUCCCUUGGGGAUCUGGCGCUGCGUUGAAAUUUAUGACAUACGUCGACCCUGUCCUUGAACACGACCUUAGUUCUCAGUCGAAACCAUGGGCGUUGUCGCCGCUCAUCGCGACGAUGCCCCACUUUGUCCACUCACGGUUGGACAGUGAGCUGCAGGUCAUAGUCACCCCGCCUUUCCCUACCGAAUAUCCUUCUAUUUCAGAUGACACCUCGAAUCUCUAUCUCACGUCAAUAUCGAGCUCUCCUUGUUCUUCUACGUCGUCUCUAUCUUCUUCCUCGUCUUCUUCAUCUUCCGACUCCAGUUCCAAGUAUAAGAUCGCAAGACGGCGCAAGAAACAAGGGGCUCAGAAUUUGGCAACCCUCAAAACCGCAUCAGAGCGCCGAGCAUUCUUCUCUUCAGAGGAGAAUAGACGCAUGAUUACAUUUUCCGAUAAGGCGCGAUCGUACCGUACCAUUCUGCCCCCGCUGAACAGCGACGUGAUCACGACAGACUUUUGCUAUGGAUUCCUUGAAUUCAAUCCGUCACUCGCGUUGCGGCUUCCUGGUGGUAUAUCUUUCGAUCUGAUGCGGUAUUGGGACGGACAGCCUGUCAGGUUUGUAUGCUGUGAGCGCAACGCAGACCGGGACGCCGGCGAGAAUCCCUGGGGGAGAAUCUUUUGGUGUAUUGUGAUCGAGCAAGCGGAUUGA